AUGAUGGUGGGUGCGCGGUGCUUGCGGCGGGUGGCGUACUGCCUGCUGUGUGCUGCGCUGUGCCUGGUGGGCUUGGCUGUGUUGCUGGCCGUGCUCUCUCCCUACGACACGGAGGUGGUGGUUGAUGUGCUGCUGGGUCGCGACCUUCGGGAAGGCAAAGGCGUGCUGCGGCAGGUGGAGAAGCGCAGGCGCGCAGAGGAAUCGCUGCGAGAGCUUCACGAGCGACGAGAUCGGCAGCAGCGGGAGAUAGCCAGUGUUCUCUCCGCCAGGGCGCUGCCGCGCUGCUCAAGUGUGCUCCAGCAAGACACAGGCCUUCUCCAUAUCACAGGCAACGCCUCUCUCGUUGACAAGGCUCUCGUUUCCCAGCUCACCCAACAGCCCCACGAGUACUGUCUGUAUCAGUGCGGACCAAGGAGAUGCUGCAGUGAUGCGUAUCGUCGACUCCCUUCCCCAGCCGCAGCUGCGCCCUCCUGGCUCGAGGUUGCUGUAGAUGCGAUUGACGGGGCAGCCCUAUCUGAGCUGGACGUCACGCUGGUGACACAGGGCACUCUCGAUCGAGUGCAUGUGGUUGAGAUGCUGUGCAGGGCCUGGCGCGGGCCCAAGGUGGUUGUCUUUGCCGUGCGUGAGGCGGGAACAGAGCACCCACAGCUACGCACACUGCAAUCAACGUGUCACAACGCAAAGAUUGUGGCUGUGCCCAUAACAGAGAGCAGCGACUUCUACACGUCACGCUUUCGCGCAAGCGAUCCAGCAGCACCCCCGGUGAUCCCGAUCAACACGCUUCGAAACCUCGCUGUCGACCUUGCUCCUACCAACUUUAUCUUCACAUGCGACAUGGACUUCCUGCCGAGCGCAUCUCUGUACGAUAGCCUGGUCACGAGGUAUUUGCCGUUACUGGCUGCCAUUGAUCGUCCAGCGCUUGUUGUGCCGCACUGGGAGCUGCUGCGUUGUGGUGGCAGCGCACCACCACCGGUCCCGACAACGUUUCAGCAGCUGGACAAGAUGGCGAUGGCUGGUCUUGCACGCCCCUUCCACUGCGACCCAAAACUCAUCGUCCCGGCUGCCACUGAGCUGGCCACCCCAUCCUCAUCGUGCAUGGAAGGGCGCGCCGUGUGGUGGCGUGGUAUCGAAACCACGCAGUACUACCGCUGGCUCAGGGAGUCACGCGCGCACAUCCAGGGGUUUUAUCGCAUCGCCACAGGCGGGCCGAUGAAGGACAUCUUCUAUGAACCAUUUGUGGUCGUGAAGCGGAAGGACGGGGUCUCUGGCGCAAACCUACCGCGUUAUCCAGAACACUACGUUGGGCGCUACAAGAACAAGAUUUCGUUCAUCACCCGCUUGCGUGCCCACCGGUUUCAGUUCUUCACCCUGCGUGGCGAGUUCCUGGUGCACUUCCCCCACGACACAUCCAAGCGAUCAAAGCCGUACAUGCAGGAGCACCUGCAGGCCAUGCGUGCGCUGGACGAACUGGACAGGAGCGACCUGAACGACGAGGUGUGGACAGUGGGUCCUCAGCCUCCACUGCAGCCGUCCCCACCGGAUGACGGCGUUCAUUGCAUCGAUGAUUGACGCAUGAUCAGGCUGACAUGACAGGCUAUGUAGUUUCUUGUUUAACUUUCGUGGGCGCAUCACGUUAUUGGCCAACAGAUCCGUCGCAGCACGAACAAUAAACAAUCCAAC